UUGGCUUGUAAACAAAAAAGAGACAUCUGCUGUAGGACUGACUCCAAGAUUUCUGAAAGCAGCAAGAGAGGCACAAACUCACUGAACAAGUACCAUCAUAAAUGUAUAUUUUAACUCCUCUUUGCCCACCCACCCCUCUGGCUCCUGAAGAUGGAGCCAAGGUCAACCUGGGCCCACUCACAGCAGCUCAGCCAGAUGGCCCUUCACCCGGACCUCCUGGCCAGUGGUUCGCCGCGUUGCAUUCCAUCGUGCCUCGAGAAGACUUACCUUCAUCGCACCAUCCAUCGCUGUACUGUGGGACACUUACCUUGAAGGAUCCUGACACCUCCAGUUCUGUGCCUGUCCUGGGAGGACCAAUUCUCCAAUUUGUCAAGGUCAUUUUGAAUUCUGAUCCUGUCCUCCUCCUGCUUGCAACCCCAUCCAGCUUGUUGUCUUCUGCAAAUUUUAUAAGUAUACUCUCCAUUCCGUUAUCAAAGGAGAAAAUUGAAGCCCAGUUUAGUGAGCUUAUUCAGUUCUUGCUGGAUGAGAACAAAGUGCUUUUGGAAGAUCUUCAAGCUGAAGAACAGAAAGCCAUAGCUAUCAUGCAAAACACAAUGAAAGACCAUGAAGUGAAAAUGAAGUUAUUGGAAGAAGAGAUAGCAGAUGUUCAAGAAAAAGUGCCUGUCUCAUUCAGUGGAGGUUCACUAUUUAAUUUUUACUUUGUAUCUGAAUCCCAGACUGUUUUGUAG